GUCCAUACUGGGUUCCAAGAACCUGCCGGACAUUUCCAGUGUUGAAGAGGCAAUACAGCGUCACUCAGAUCCGCGCUCUGGAUGAAGACACCGUUGCUCGGACGGUGACUGUAUCAUAGCAGCAGUACCUUACUAGUCAUAUGGCAGCAAGUGUGGACCGUACUACCACUAUAUCUUCGCCAGUACCUGUUGCGACUUCACCAGACUAGUUGUGUUGCCAACCAUGUCGAACGCAACCGACUACAAAUCCUCCAAAGAGGCUUUCGUCUCAGGAAUGACAGGCUCUAGUAUAGCUCACAUCAACAUGCUCUCCCUCGCGUCGCCGAUGUCUAUCCUGCUCUACUUUCUCAUCCGUCGCAUCUUGCCCAACCACUCUCUCGCGCUUUACAAAGAUUUCGUCAUCCUGGUAGUCCCGCUACUCGUCUCCAUCACCUUUUUUGCGGAAACUCCAAUGUCCACAGUCAAAGCCUUACUACCUUGGCUUUUGUGGUGCUCAUGGACACUCUUCGCCCGACGUGAAAACGCCAUACCUCUACCUUCAAGUAGAAACCCUGUCACGCCCUCUCCAUCUCAAGGCGGCAUAUCUCAAGAGGAAGAGACCCCUACAGCAACCAGAGAACAGCUCGCACCAUUGACCGUAUACCGCUCACAGAUGCUCCUCUUGACGAUGUUGUGCAUCCUUGCGGUAGACUUCCCCAUAUUCCCGCGAUCUUUAGCCAAAUGUGAAGACUUCGGGGUGUCCCUGGUAAGUUCUAUGGAUCUAGGUGUUGGCUCCUUCGUUUUCUCGCAAGGCAUCGUUUCUGCAGCACCCAUUGUAAAGGACCCAGCUCAUCUGAAGAUGCCUCUCACAACGAAGGUCCUGGCGGUGGCCUGGAAAUGUCUGCCAGUGGUCGUCUUGGGUCUACUCCGCACGCUCUCCGUGAAAGGCAUGGAAUAUCCCGAACAUGUAACGGAAUACGGAGUACAUUGGAAUUUCUUCAUCACCCUUGCAAUUCUACCAAUACUUCAGGCACUCUUACACCCACUCAUGACUCGCGCAUCAAUUGUGUUUUUGGGUGUAGCCGCUGGAACAUUGCACCAGGUGCUUCUGAACAAGGGUCUGAUGGACUACAUUUUUUCAGCUCCUCGUGUCGGUAUCGUGAGCGCUAACAAGGAGGGCCUAGUGUCUCUGACUGGUUACUUGGCGAUUCAUCUCCUCGGUCUGUCUAUUGGCACGCUCAUCCUUCCCCCGACACCAUCUCACUUUCGACGACGUAUCCGUGAAUUGAGGCAUGGUGGACACGGCCACAGAAGCUCACACAGCGAUGAGGCACCCCCGAGCGUUGAUAUCGUAACCCCCGCAGCGCGUGAGAACGACAAGACUGCGAUUGAGCUAUGCUCAUACGCUGUUCUAUGGUGGACCGUCCUUGGCGCGUUGCAAUUCUUCAAUGUCGGUGGCGGCAUAUCGCGACGACUGGUGAACGUGCAGUACAUCGUUUGGGUGACGGCGUAUAAUACUACAUUCCUUUUAUGCUACGUACUCCUCGACCUGGCCUUCUUUUCCGCGCCACAUAAUACCUCCUACUACUCUCCCGUGUCGAAACUGAAGGUGCGCCCAGACCCUGCGUUAGCGGAACGUCGGAAGUAUGCGAUUGCAUGGGCCGUGCCGCCCCUGCUCGCAGCCGUCAACAAGAAUGGGCUAGCACUCUUUGUACUGGCGAAUUUAGCGACGGGGCUCGUCAAUAUGAUUCUACCGACAAUGUACAUGUCUAAUUGGCUGGCAUUCUCAAUUCUUCUUGGGUAUGCAUUCGGAAUCGCGGGGUUAGCGUGGAAGUUCAGGCACAAACGGCUGGUGGCGCUGUGAUAAAGGCCUUCUUGGUCUUGAUGGGUUUAUGGAAUAUGGACGUGAAGAUGUCUCGUAGAUAACAUCAGCUGUGCGUCGAUUCGUCGAGUAUUAUACAUGGGGGCAUUUG